UAUAUUAUCGAGAACGAAGAACAAGUCUAAAACAAAUCAGUUUGAGUUAGAAUCAACAUGGGAAUACACUGCCAAAUUAACUUGUUUAAGCCAUCGGAUGGCGCGUAUUUGACAGGCAGCACAGUUUCAGGAAUCAUCAAAUAUGGCGUCGAUCAGGAAACUAUUUUUGAUAAAAUAACCGUUUCGCUAAAAGGAAGUGGAAAUUUAAUACUUCACGAUAAACGCAGAAGAAGUAACAAUCAAAAUUAUACUACACAUAGACGUACGGAAGACUAUGUCGAUAUAGACAAUGUCAUUGUCAAUGAAAAACAAAUUCCGCAUGACAUUGGAAUGUAUGAAACAAGAUUCGAUUUCAAGCUUCCAGAUAAUAUACCUUCUUCAUUGGAUUACUAUCACAGGGACGUAAAAUACAGAGUGAAAUGCAAAAUCGUAUACUACAUAAGGAUAAAAUUUGAAAGACCAGGAUUUUUACAAUUCGCCAACCGAUUCAGAAAGGAAUUAACGGUUAUCUCGAGGAUAAAGCCAACAUUAUUGAAUGAGCCCAUUAUGUACGGGCAACAAAAGAAACUUUUUCAAUUAUUCUCGAGGAAAAAUAGCACUGUUAAUAUUAAGGCAAGUGUUGAGACUCCAGUCAUACGUCCAGGUGGAAAGAUCAAUCUCGACUACGAAGUUGCUAAUGGUACGAAUUUGACCGUGAAAGGAGUCGAGAUCAAAUUAGUGGAACUUUACACUUUCACAACUGUUGGUGGAAGAAAAAUUAAAAUUAUGAGUGAUAUCGAUGGUACGGACAUGAAAACAAGUUCUAUUAAAAGUGAUGAGAAACAAAAUCUUAAUAUUGUUAUUGUAGUACCUUCAGAUGCUGAUAAAACUACGUUUGGACAUUCUAAUAUUGUAUCUAGAGAUUAUUUUGUGAAAUUAACCACUGAAAUGCCGUUUCCUCAUAUUGAUGCUAUUCUUGAGAUACCUAUGGAAAUUGGCGAUGUGAUUCAAGAAGUUCAGGUUCAACCUUGUCCUUGCGAUGACUUCGAGAUCGGUGAAACCCCUCCAGAUUACGAUAAUCCACCUCCUUCGUACUGGGAAGCCAUGGGAGAGGAUGACGGGACCAAAGAUGAUGAGUUUCGUGAAAAAUCUUAG